AGUCGCGCUCAAUGGCUUUGCUGGGGUGGGACGCGGGGAGCUGGAGCGGAAGCACGGCUGCCAUUUUGUAGAUUGCGAAUCGGUCUUUUCUCGCUUCGGGAGGUCGAAGCGGGGGGCGCACCGUAUUUUUUGAGAGGCCAAGACGCCCGCAGCCUGUUUCCUGACGGACGCCUGGAGAGGUUGGCGCGCCCGAGAGCAGAAGGAAGAGGCUGCGGCGUUUGCCUCAUGACCUGUUAAAGCAAGCGCGGGGUUCUGCUCUUCUUUCCCGCGGGAAAUUACGGAGCUAAGGCGCUUUCAAGGCCUCUUUCGACUCCCAGGGGCCUGGUUAGUAGAAACGAAACGCGAAGGGGUCAUUGUUACGGGUGUCCGUAUGUGUGCGUAUGUUUUUGUGGGAUUGCUGGCUUCGAGGGUAGCGUCUAAGCUUCACUUUGUAUCCCGUAUUUUCUCCGUGCUCUGAGUUAAGAGGCCGACCGAGGUCGGCAAAUGGUAUGGAUAAAGGAAGGGGUGGGUGGCAAAGGCGUUGAGUACUGCUCGGGCAGCUCCUGCUGCCAGGACGGUGAUGUCGAGGCGUUUGCUGGUCAGUGUUUUAAUAACAUAUUGAGGCGUUUAAACAAUUCUCCGAACGCGAAUUCUUUCUCCGUUACGACGGGGAUGGAAGAAAAACUGUCCGGUGUACUUGGAAAAAGUCGCUCUGGUUCUGUGUCGGAAGAUCGUUUCAGGAUUGAACACGCUACGGAAAGUCUCGUAGUUCUUGUAUUUUCUUUCGCUGGUUUAAUGGCACAUUCCUGAGAAUAUUGGAUCAUUCCGAACGUUUUCCCGAGGAAUGAGUUGGAUGAUACUAGAAACGGAAUUUGUAUAUAAACGCUGUACAAGAUGAAGAAACUCCGGAGUCGCAAGCUUGUUCUACCGAUUGAUUUCCAUCUCGAUGGGUAUUUCUGAUCUCAUCUUAGUCAACAUAUCUUUGGAAAGGAAUGGGUAUUAAUAAUUGCUAGCGAAGACAUGCUUUUUGUCCCCACCUGGUCUUUUUACGAUGUAUUUUCUACCAGGAUUACAAUCACGGAAGUAAUGCCUCAUAUUCCAGAGUUCUAUAUUCUGCAUUCUCUAGGAGGAAUAAAUCUUUGCAACUAUCUUCCUGGGAAAGAGUCAACCAGGCACUACUUCAGCAGUCAUUGAAUGGAUAGGAAUGAAUGUGCCUGUUUUAACAGGAAUCAAUGUUGCUCGCUCAAAUUCACAUAUGGAUUACACAAGAAUAAAAUGCAGAGUGUAUAUUUAACUGCAAAAACAUAAACCACUUCAGCUGAUGUUCAUCCUCUGCAGGGAAUUGUAUAAUAUGAACUGAUCCAUAGAAGAUUGGAGGUUUUUUUUUGACAUGUAGUUAUCUACAGUAUUCAAUUGGUUUUUAGAAGUUUUAAAGCUUACUAAUAGAGUCCCAUUGUAUCUGCUCAGAAAUAAGUUUUGCUGAAUUCCUGAACUCCUUGUUUGAUAUAUGUUUUUCUCAUUUUGUUGACAGAUUAAUGUAUAUAUGUUUUAGUUGUACUUGACAAUCAGGAAUUGAAAUGUUAAUAAUUGUUAAUUUUACUUCAGUUGGACUUCCUGAAGGCUUUUUCAUUGCUUGGUAAACCUCUUUUGGAAAUAAAGGACAGGACAUAAUGCUAUCAAUCUUUUUUUGUUGGAUCUAGUUGUUUAUUAUUCAGUUUCAGGGGAAAAAUUGAGCUGCCCAAUACUAGUAACAGUUGUAGUUGGCUAGCUUGCAUUUGUUAAUGUAAGCUUUUUGAACAAGUUGUUAUUCAUGUCCCUAGAUUAGUUGCCAUUGUUUUCAGUGAAAUGGAUUGGAUUGGACCUUACAAAUUAGGUCUUUAAAAAGAAUGAUGGAUGUGCCAUACUUUUGUAGGGUUUGGAGAAGUAGUUUGGUUUUAAGCAUAGUGGCAGAUUUGAAUGUUUAGUAUAUUUUAUCAUUGUUUACAGCCUUAAAACUUUUGUACAUAAGAUAUAUGUAAUUGGAUCUGGUAUUAAUAUUCUAUUAAUAGAAUAUUAAAUUGAAUAUAUUUCCUUCCAUGCAUUUGAUAUUGUAUUAGGUCUUUGAUACUGAAACUGCAGUACUGUGUACAUUCGUAAGUGGACUUUGAUGAGCUUAUUGGAGCUUUACCUCUCUAAGGUUAUUUAGGUUGUAAUUUUUCUGUUAUUUCCUUUUUCUGGAACUUGUGAAAUAUGGGUAUUACAAGUGCUGUGUAAAUCUAUUUCUGCAUAUAGUCAUUACAAGUGUACUCCUACUUAUCUUCUAAAUGCAAAGUUAUUCUAACAUACUGGAUUCCUCUGGAUUCAUACUGGCACAGCAAGCUUUAUGGGGAAACUGGUAUAUCAUCAAUAUAUUUUCCUGGAAUUUCUGAAGUUGGAAUAUGUUUUCUUAAUUUGAUCACUUACUCAAUUUUUGAUUAACAUUCUGCUAUGUUCUUUAAAAGAAAAUCAUGUUAGAACAAUUGGACACUUACUCUUUUUGUGUGGAACUUUCAAGGACUGAGGACAUUGACGAAAAGAAUAUUUUUAAUUGGAUUUUUUUAUCUGUAUCAAAAUUUGAAGAUCAAUCUCAUAUCAUUGUUGCUGACAUCAAUUUUGAGUAGAGAACAUAAUGAACCUGUCUCAAAACAUGUGAAAAACAAGAUACUAUACAACUGAAAUUCACAAAUCCUGAUUUUUUUUGGUACAUCUCUGGAAUAAGAAAGGAACAGAACAACUUGUUAUUUUUUAUUUCUGGGUUGUUAAUGUUCACCAUAGUUCUGGCUAUCCCACUGAAUGUGGCUUAAAAUGUAAAUCUGCUUCUUGGCCAUUAAUUUUGUUUCAUUUUCUUUCCACAGUUAAGUUGAUUUCACAGUCUUUAUCAGGCCUUCCAAGAAGAACCAGGUGAUUAUUGCUGUGGGUUGAGCUCAAAAUGGCUGUAGUCAUCCGUUUACAGGGACUUCCUCUUGUUGCGGAUUCUGCAGAUAUUCGUCGUUUCUUCUCAGGAUUGAAUAUUCCUGAUGGAGGUGUACAUAUUAUUGGAGGAGAAAAGGGGGAAGCUUUUAUUAUAUUUGCAACAGAUGAAGAUGCCAGACAAGCAAUGAGCUAUUCAGGAGGAUUUAUCAAGGAUUCACGUAUACAGUUCUUUCUUAGUAGCAAGACAGAAAUGCAGAGCAUAAUAGAAAUUAAUAGGAAAAGAUUUAAUCGUGGUGGAAGAGGAGUAGGAUCUAGGCGGACAGCUCCUAAUAAUUCAGGAACAUCUGAUGUUGGCAACCUUUCAAAUACAGUUCAAGUCAUUAAAAAGGGAAUUGGUAAAUCUAGCCAUGAUUCCAGGAUUCCUUUGGAGGAUGAGUUUCAUUCUAGUGGCCCUCGAAAUACCAAUAUAAAUAUUUCAAAAUCAAAUUUUAACCAGCCUAGGAAGGAAGUAUCUAAAUCUGAUAGGUUAUAUUUAUUUAUACGUGGUAUGCCUUAUUCUUCAACAGAAGAUGAUGUGUUCAAUUUCUUUUCUGGAUUACAAGUGGAGAAGGUACUUAUGUUAAAAACGAAUGGUCAAAUCAAUGGAGAUGGGUUUGUCAAAUUUGCUACAUUAAGUGAUGCCAUGAAAGGACUGCAACGGGAUAGGAAUUAUAUUGGUUCACGGUUUAUAGAAGUCCGUCCGUCCAAGGAAGAAACAUGGCUUAAGUAUGGAGGCAAGAUAGAUGAGAAGAUAGAUAAUUCUUUCCACUUUCAACAAAAUUCAAAUAAAGGACAUUAUUUUUCAAACACAGAAUAUUCAAAAAAAGAGCCAACCUAUAUGUUUUCAAGGAAACGUACCCGAUCCAGAACUCCACCACGUAGAGUAGUAUCACAGGUUAAUUCAAGGUCUCCUUCAUGGAGGAUUAUGGAACGCAGCUAUUCAAAAUCUCCUUCACAAAGGGUUAUGGCACAUGCCUAUUCAAGAUCUCCAGAAAGGGUUAUGGCACACACUGGAUCAAGGUCUCCACCACGGAGGGUCAUGGCACGCAAUGGUUCAAGGUCACCACCACAGAGGGUCAUGGAACCUAUGCAUUCACAUUUUCCAAGGAGGACCACAACAAGUACCCAUUCAAGAUCUCCAAGGAGGGUUAAAACCCAGUCUCAUUCACCUUUCUCUACUCCAAACCAGCCCCAUUUACCCCAGAGCAAGGAAUAUUACAUACAUCUUAAAAAUCUGUCUGCUGCUAUUAAAAAGAAAGACUUGCGGAUGUUCUUUCAGGAGCUAACUUUAGUGAACAGGGAUAUUACUUUUCUAAAACCACACGAUAAUGAGGCAAGAAACAAGGAUGCAAUUAUUAUGUUCAGAUCAGAAGAAGCAUAUGAAUCAGCACUGACUUAUCACAAGCUUGAUCUUUUUGGUCAACAAGUUUACAUUUUCCCUGUUUCCAAAAGAACAGUGCUAGAGUUAAUGGGAUCAUCAGAAGGAUAUCGCCAUGUAAAGGAUAAAAAUCAAGAUGGCUACCUUGGCUCAAAGACGUGUGUGUAUGUAAGAAAUUUUCCAUUUGAUGUGACAAAUGUUGAAGUACAAAAAUUCUUUGCAGGAUUUAAUAUUGAUGACAAUGACAUUUAUUUGCUUUAUGAUGACAAAGGAGUUGGACUGGGAGAAGCACUAGUUAAAUUCAGGACAGAAAAUGAGGCCCGAAAAGCUGAAAGCUUAAAUCGCCGAUGCUUUUUGGGGACAGAGGUACUCUUAAGAUGUAUACCCGAGGAGCAAAUGCAAAAGUUUGGUAUUAAUAUUCCACCAGCAUCUAAUGAAAAGAUGCAAGGGCAUCACCAUACACGCGAAAGAGAUGAAAACUUUUACUCUGUUGAUUCACAAGGACCCUCUGUGCAGGAAGGUGAUUAUCGAAGCCUGUCUGAUGAUUUUAUCUGUUCAUCUGAUAGACGUCCUCCCUCAUUUAAAGAAUUUGGUGAUGGUAUUCCUGAAAAUUUUUCCGAUAGGCACUUUAUGCCUGAUUCUAACUUUGGUGGUGACUCAGAUUCUGUAACAUUCAUCAAAUUAAAAAAUAUACCAUUUCGAGCUUCUCCUAAUGAAAUUCUGGAUUUUUUCCAUGGCUAUAAAAUUAUACCAGAAUCUCUUUCUGUUCAGCACAAUGAAUAUGGAAUGUUUUCUGGUGAAGCAAUCAUUGCUUUAGUAAAUUACAAAGAGGCAGAGGCUGCUAUUAAUGAACUGAACAAUAGGCCAAUCGGCCAGCGCAAAAUUAGAUUAACCUUGGUAUAGGUGAAAAUGAGACAGAAUAUACAGUAUUAUUUCAUAAUUCACAAUUUUUUAUUUGGAAAAUGAAGACACCCCAAAAUGUUAAGCAUUAUAAAGCGUUAAAGUCUUAUUUUAAAAUUGCAGCAUUUUUAAUUGAUUUUUUUUUAAAUAAUGGAUCAACCUGAUAGUUCUGACAAGUUAUCUUUAAAAUAUGCAUAGCUGAAAUAUGAAAUUUAACAUGUAUUCCAUCCCUCUGCUGCAUGUAUAUUUGCAGUUUAUCUAAAUAUGGUUUGAUGUAAAACAUUGUAUUUUCAAAGUUGUUCAAAAACAUAGGUUGUGUCAUCCUUGUAUAUAUUAACUUAAAUCCAUAGGAUUCGUGUCCAUUGUUAAUUCUCAGUGAUAGCUUGAAUGUUUUGUUAAUGUCAGCUCAGCUUUUCUUUCAAAAUAAAAGUACAUGCACUGAAA